AUGCGCGGCAGACUGCUGAGAUCUUCGCCGGCAAAUCUUACCAGACGAAUAGUAGUAGGAAUCGCCGCCGGUAGGUCGGCUGACAACGAGCCCGUAUGCUGCGAGUUAUUGAUUGAUUCCGUAAACCGGUUGGUGCCUGGAUUCCGCCGCAGUGACAGGGUUUUGCCUCUAGUUGAUUUCAGCCGUGAGGACACGCGAUUCGCUCUGGGGUCGUUUGCUUUCUCCCAAAGCCUCCGGAUUGUGAGAGUCGAGUGGAACCAUCAGAGUGGCGAUUCGGGAAUGGCUAAUCGAGUGCAUAACGUCCUUAGAACACACAGGGAAGGCUCCGCGAAGAAGCUCGAACUUGCCAUCACCCGUUGCUUCGACUCCUACCCCGCGGAGCAACUCGUUCUUGACGUGUUUUGGAUGAAUCAUUCCCGUUUGGGAAUGGCUGUAAAUUUAUUCAAUUGGGUUUCCAGCACUUUCCGACUCUCCAUCUGUCCUGCCGUUUGCAACGAAAUCCUUUACAUUCUAGGCAAGAUGAGGCAGUUUCAAGAUGCUGACAAAGUGUUCGAUGAAAUGCCCGAGAGGUUCAUCAGCGAGGAGACUUGUGAUAUAAUGACCCACAACAUCAUUCCCGAUGGCAGGCGUGUCUCUGGAAAUGUACAUGAUGCCAAGAGAUCCGGGAAAGGCAUCACAGCAUCCAAAUGCGAGCCAGAUUUUUCCAGCUUCCCAUCUGUCAUGAAGAUACAUGCAAGAACUUGGCGUAAGAAUAGCCGAGGAGUUCAACAUUUUUCAACAAGAACGGCUCCUUCCGCCGUUCCAGACUCUUACCCAUCAAAGAAAGCAUUGGACUUGAAGCGCAAACAAUCCAGAAAUGGCUUGCGUUUAAACACAAGAGACACCGACAUUCUGGAAUGGAACGUGGCCAUCUCCAGCCACAUGCGCAGCGGGGACUGCGACUCCGCUUUACGGGUAUUUAACUCGAUGCCUCGUCGGAGCUCGGUCUCAUAUAACGCGAUGAUUUCAGGGUAUAUCAUGAAUGACAAGUUCAGGCUUGCUCGGGAAAUGUUCGAUAAAAUGACAGAAAGAGAUUCGGUCUCCUGGAAUGUCAUGCUUAGUGGGUAUGUCAGGAAUCGGAAUCUUACUGCAGCCAGGGAAUUGUUUGAGAAGAUGUCUGAUAGGGAUGUUGUUUCUUGGAACACCAUAUUGUCUGGAUAUGCGCAGAAUGGCUUUGUUGACGAGGCAAGGCGUAUUUUCGAUAAGAUGCCUACUAAGAAUGCAGUUUCCUGGAACGGGUUGCUUUCUUCGUACGUGCAAAAUGGACGCAUAGAUGAAGCGCGGAGAUUGUUCGAGGCAAAGGUGGACUGGGAGACUGUUUCCUGGAACUGUUUGAUGGGGGGUUUUGUGAAAAGGAGGAGGUUAGUUGAUGCGAGAAAGCUAUUUGACAAAAUGCCUGUGAAAGAUGAGGUUUCCUGGAAUACUGUUAUUACUGGUUAUGCACAGAAUGGACAAGUGGAAGAAGCACAGAGAUUAUUUGAUCAGUCUCCAAGUAAAGAUGUGUAUACAUGGACUGCAAUGGUUUCAGGAUACAUCCAGAAUGGCCUGUUGAAUGAAGCAAGAGCGGUUUUCGACAGAAUGCCUACGAAGAAUUCGAUUUCAUGGAACGCCAUGAUUGCUGGGUACGUGAAGAGCAAGAAAAUGGAGCUAGCCGGAGAACUGUUUGUGGCAAUGGACUGUAGAAAUACUAGCUCGUGGAACACGAUGAUUACAGGAUAUGCUCAGAGUGGGGAUAUAGCUCGUGCUAGGGAACUGUUUGACGAGAUGCCUCAACGAGAUUCAAUAUCAUGGUCUGCUCUCAUUGCUGGCUAUGCCCAGAAUGGUUUCAGUGAAGAGGCUCUGCAACUUUUCGUGGAAAUGGAAAGGGUUGGAGAAAGGUUGAAUAGGUCCUCAUUUACCUGUGCUUUGGCUGCAUGCUCUGAUAUUGCUGCUUUGGAGUUGGGGAAAGAAGUGCAUGGUCGGUUGGUGAAGGCUGGAUACCAUACUGGUUGUUUUGUGGGGAAUUCUCUUCUUGCAAUGUAUUGCAAGUGUGGAAGCAUAGAUGAAGCACGAGAUGCAUUUCGUGAGAUAGCAGAAAGAGAUGUGGUCUCGUGGAACACAAUGAUCCAUGGUUAUGCAAGGCACGGAUUUGGACAAGAAGCCUUAUCGAUUUUUGAAUCAAUGAAGAUAGAGGGUAUCAGGCCAGACGAGGCGACCAUGGUUGGUGUACUGUCUGCUUGUGGUCAUGCUGGCUUAAUUGACAAGGGGACCGAAUGCUUCUACUCUAUGACCAAAGUAUAUGGAGUCGCACCUAAUCCAGUCCAUUAUACUUGCAUGAUCGAUCUCCUUGGUCGAGCUGGGCGCCUGAAGGAAGCUCAGGACUUGGUACGAAACAUGCCUUUCAAACCAGAUGCUGCAGCUUGGGGUGCAUUACUUGGUGCAAGCAGAGUCCAUGGCGAUAUUGAACUUGGUGAAACAGUUGCCAAGACCGUAUUCAAAAUGGAGCCCGAUAACUCCGGCAUGUACGUUCUCCUCUCAAAUCUAUAUGCAACUUUAGGAAGGUGGCCUGAAGUCCGUAUGAUGAGACAGAAAAUGAAGAGCGAAGGGGUCAAAAAACUUCCAGGCUACAGCUGGCUCGAAGUGCACAACAAGAUUCAUAAUUUCAGAGUCGGGGAAACUUGCCAUCCAGAGAAGGACAGGAUAUAUGGGUUCUUAGCAGAGAUGGAAGAGAAAAUGAAGCAGGAAGGCUUUGUUUCUCUGACAAAAUUGGUGCUGCAUGAUGUGGAAGAAGAAGAUAAGGAGCAUAUGCUAAAGUAUCAUAGUGAGAAGUUGGCCGUCGCGUAUGGGAUUUUGACUGUCCCAGUUGGGAGACCGGUUCGCGUGAUUAAGAACUUAAGGGUCUGUGAAGACUGUCAUAAUGCCAUCAAGUUCAUGUCCAAGAUUGUUGGGAGGUUGAUUAUCUUGAGGGAUAAUAAUCGGUUUCACCACUUUGAGAACGGUUCGUGUUCUUGUGGAGACUACUGGUGAGACCAGCAAAAGGAACAACGCUGAAUUGAGUCAAUGAAGCCUUCAGCUAUGAACUCGCAGGUGAAUACCUAUAACUGCAACACAAAGGUGAAAGACUUGAAGUCUCAAGAACUAUGAUUAGGGAGUUGACAGAGCUUUGGGGUGCCUUAAAAAUAUGAUGUCUCCACUAAUGAAAUGGUGGUAAUCAUAAUCAUGCAUUUGGGCUUCUUAUUGUUGUUAAUGAGGAAUUUAGUGGCCGAUGUUGUAAACUGACGGACUUCAGUGACUUAAUCGGUACUUAAUCCAUAGAAGCGUCUGUCAACAUUUUGGUCCGGAAAAGGGCCUUAAGCCCAAAAGAAGGCAGUUCAGGCCCAACUCUGUUUCGAGCGGCACUACACACAAUGACACAAAGAAAGUCGGAAAGGAAAGAGAAAAGCGCGGCAGACUGCAGAGAUCUUCGCCGGCCAGGCUCACCGGACGAGUGCUAGGGAGAAGUAGCGCCGGCGCACAGCUGACAACGUUUUGAUUCCGACCAUGUUCAUACCGGCGAAAAAAAUCAUUUCCCAGCUGAAGUUCAUCAAGCGGAUAUCCCCAACGAUAUUCUCUGAACUUCUUCUGCCGUCUAGUCGCUCUCCAUUCAGAAGCUUUUGCGUUCUCCUGACGGCUCCGGAUGAUGAGAGUCCCGUGGAACCAUCGGAGUGCGAUUCUGGAAUGGCAGCUCGAGUCCACAACGUCCUGAGGACACACAGGGAUGGCCCGACGAAGAAGCUCGAGCUCGCGGUCGCCCAAUGCUUCGACUCCAAACCCACGGAGCAGCUCGUUCUUGACGUUCUUCGGAUGAAUCGUUCCGAUUCAAGACUGGCUUUAAAAUUCUUCAACUGGGUUUCCAGCAUUUCCCCGCUCUCCGUCAGGCCUAGCGUCUGCAACGAAAUCCUUGAUAUACUCUGCAAAAUGCGUCAGUUUGGAGAUGCAGACAAAGUGCUCGAUGAAAUGUCCAAGAGAGAAGGAUUCGUGAGCGAGGAGACCUACAGGGUAUUGGUCAAUAGAUACGCAGCUGCACAUAAAGUUGACGAUGCAGUGGCACUUUUCCAUAAGAGGAGAGAAUUAGGUUUGGGCCAUGAUUUACCCGCCUUGCAGCAGCUUCUGAUGUCUCUGUGUAGGUAUAAACAUGUCGAAGUUGCAGAAACGUUAUUGCACUCCACGGGAAACGAUUUUCGCACCGACAUAAAGACUCUAAAUAUCGUUCUCAAUGGCUGGUGUGUUCUGGGGAAUGUACAUGAAGCCAAGAGAUUCUGGAAAGACAUUAUCGCGUCCAAUUGUAAGCCGGAUUUGUUCACGUUUGCAAUUUUCAUCAAAGCUUUAACCAACAAGGGGAAGCUAGGUACAGCGCUGAAGCUAUACAGAGCGAUGUGGAAGAAUGAAUGCAAACCAGACGUAGUCAUAUGCAACUGUGUGAUUGAUGCUCUUUGUUUCAAGAAGAGGAUUCCGGAAGCUUUAGAAAUUUUCCAUGAAAUGAAGGAAGAAGGCGUUUGUCCUCCAGAUGUGGCGACUUACAACUCGCUGAUCAAGCAUUUGUGCAAGAUUCAGAGGAUGGAGAAGGUUUAUGAGCUGUUGAGUGAGAUGGAAGAGAAGAAGGGGAGUUGCAUCCCAAACGAUAUAACUUUCAAUUACUUGCUCAAGUCGUUGGACGAGCCUGUUGAAGUUCCUAGGAUUCUUGAGAGAAUGACAAGAAAUGGUUGUGCCAUUAACCAGGAUACAUACAAUCUGAUAUUGCGGUUGUAUGCGAAAUGGGACUGCGAGGAGAAAGUGGUGGAGCUGUGGAAGGAGAUGGAGGAGAAGGGACUGGGACCUGAUCAACGGUCUUACUCGAUAAUGGUGCACUGGUUGUGUCAAAAGAGAAGAUUCGACGAAGCUUUGCAUUAUCUUCAGGAAAUGAAAUCUAAGGGCAUGGCUCCGGAACCAAAGACCGAAAUGCUGGUCAGUUCAAUGCUAACCAAGCGGAAAGAGAAUGAAUCUAGACAAAGGCGACAAGGUGCAAACCAGAAGAAGGUAUUCAUCAAGAGGAGUGUAGAGAAGAAGAAGGGCGGUGCAAGAAAUGAGUUUUGAAGGCCAUCUCUCGAUCAUCAAAGGAGUAUAUCAACUUCUCGAGAGUCGAGUUCGGAUGCAGUCGCGUGUGACGGUUGGUGAGUCGUGACCUUAAGCUAAGCCUUGCUGGUGUCAGGAUGCUCAAAUGUCGAUCAUCUCAUGGGAGGUUCUAGCCUUUACAGGGACUCCUUCACAUCUAUGAUGCCUCCAUGAUGCCAUCUGCCUUCCAACUCUGAGGUUUUGGGUGCUGACUGAAUUCUCUGAUCGAUGGACUUGCAGAAAUCAUUCACGAAUGAAGGGCUGAACACUUCCUGCUGUUUCUCUUGUUUGGAAGGAAGACGUCAACUAAAAGUCUAAAAGCUAUAGUAAUUAUUCUCUUCAAGAAAGCAACUAACUUAAUAGUUAAAAGUUUUAGUUGAACCGUUAAUGUAUUUUUGUUCUUGUUGUUUAGAUAGCUUCACUGAGUUUUUUAUACUUUUCCAGUUUUCCUUAUUCUUGAAGUAGGUCGGACCGUAUGUAUGGCCCGAUUGCGGGAUAACCGCGGUUCAAUUGCAGGGCCCGGUCCAUCUCUCUUUCCCUUUUCUUCCCUCUGCCGAUUCUCUUCUCUGUAGUAGACCUGUAGAAGUGUAGAAGGUUGCUUUCCAAAAAAAAAAUAACCCCGCUCCUUUUCAUUCUCAAUCUCACCUCGUCUCUUCAAUCCAAGCCGCUCUACUCACCGUGAACAAUGGCGGGUUGUAUUAGAUCAGCUCUUCCUCUCAUGAACAGGAUUGCCAGAUCCCAUUCGUCUUUCGCUCCUCAGAGGGCCGCUGUUCACCGCGCACUUCAGUCCCCGGCCUUCUCUUCUUCAUCCGAGUCUUCCAGAAAUUAUGCCACCGCAGCUGCACCUCCUAAGGAGCAGAAAGUUAAGGUGCCAAUAGCUUUGUAUGGGGGAGCAGGAAACUAUGCCUCUGCUUUGUACAUUGCAUCCAAAAAGGCUAAUGUGCUGGAUAAAGUUGAGGCCGAACUACUUGACCUUGUUCAGGCAUUGGAGAAAAGUCCUACUUUUUCUCAGUUCACAAAGGACUUGUCAGUGCCUGCUGAUACGAGAGUCAAGGCCAUUAAUGACAUAGCUGAUCAAGCCAAAUUUUCACAAGUUACCAAGACCUUCUUGGUUGUUCUUGCUGAGAAUGGAAGGCUGAGGUCCAUUGAUACCAUAGCUAAGAAGUUUGCGGAGCUGACAAUGGCUGAUAAAGGAAUUGUGAAAGCUACCGUGACAACAGUUAUGCCCCUCCCCCCAUCGGAAGAGAAAGAACUGAAGGAGACACUACAGCAGAUUAUUGGACAAGGGAAGCAGGUUACACUUGAGCAGAAGAUUGAUGCUAGCAUCCUUGGAGGCCUCGUGGUUGAGUUCUCACAGAAGGUGUUCGACAUGUCCAUUAAGACGAGGGCAAAGCAGAUGGAGAGAGCUCUCAUGGAACCAGUUCAGUUCUGAAACCAGUUAACUUUGGCCCACUCUAAACCGACUCCACUCCUCAGCUCAGCUCCUUGCCCUACCUCUGCUUGAAAUUUCAAUCCAAUUGUAGCACAAUCCAUGGAGGAAACUUGUUAGAUCUCGUUUUGUGUUUCUUGACUAGCCACCAUUGUGAUGUGCUGUGAUGGAACAUGCUCCAGCUCAUAAAAAUUAACAAUGGACAGUGGUCGCAGCAGGGCAAGAGCUGUCUCAAUCUGUGCCUGGAGUUUGUUUCUUCUGCGAGUUUGUGCUACUCCUUAAAAGUCUUUAUUAUCACAGUUCAUAAGGAAUUUUUGAAAAUGUUCUUUAUUACAAUAAUAUAUCUAUCGUCAUAAUGACGGUUUUAUGUCCUUGAAUAUUUAUAUAUAUAUGUGUAAAAAAUUAUGCAGGUUCUAUAUGAGCUAGUUGGUUGAGGCCUUCAGGGUCAUUGACCAUAUUUUAGGCAAUGCCAAAUUUUGGCAUCAUUAAAUUUGUGCUUAUUGCGAAGGGUGAAUGUCUAAACGAUG